GGGACUACACAGGCGUGACGGCUCAUUUUCAUAGUAAAUUGUGAUGAUGAAAAUGACCGAUUGCUUUGUUUGUGGGGGAAAAAUGUGAUUGAAGAAAAGCGGAGAUGAGGAAAAAAUAUCUAUAAAGAAUUUAAAAGAAUUGAAGUGGAGAGAAGAUUUGAAAACAACUUGAGCCUUGUUGGGAAGCAAAAUUCAAGUAGAAGAAUGACAACCAGAAUUGGAAUCAAUGGAUUUGGCCGAAUUGGCAGGCUUGUGGCACGUGCUGCAUUGUCAACAUCUGGUGUUAAAGUUGUUGCCAUUAAUGAUCCUUUCAUUGACCUAGAGUAUAUGGUUUACAUGUUUAAGUAUGAUUCCACACAUGGAAAGUACAAGGGAACAGUUGAAGUGAAGGAUGGCAAACUGGUAAUUGAUGGGAAUGCCAUCAGCAUUUACAAUGAGAAAGAGCCAAAUGCAAUCCCUUGGGGUAAAGAUGGUGCUGACUACAUUGUUGAAUCAACUGGAGUGUUUACAGCCAAAGAUAAGGCAGCUGCACACUUGAAAGGUGGGGCCAAGAAAGUGGUCAUCUCCGCCCCUUCAGCUGAUGCUCCUAUGUUUGUCAUGGGUGUAAACCAUGAAAAAUAUUCAAAGGACUUGGAGGUUGUGAGCAAUGCCUCCUGUACCACCAACUGCUUGGCACCAUUGGCCAAAGUCAUCAAUGAAACAUUUGGUAUUGAAAGUGGGCUGAUGACCACUGUGCAUGCUACUACUGCUACACAGAAAACAGUAGAUGGCCCCUCAAAGAAGGAUUGGCGAGGUGGUCGUGGUGCAGCACAGAACAUUAUUCCAUCCAGCACUGGAGCUGCCAAAGCUGUUGGUAAAGUCAUUCCAGAAUUAAAUGGAAAGCUGACAGGCAUGGCUUUCCGUGUCCCAACACCUGAUGUAUCUGUGGUUGAUCUGACUGUCAACCUCAAAACCGAUGCCAGUUAUGAUGAAAUCAAGGCGGCCGUUAAAAAGGCAUCAGAGGGUUCUUUGAAGGGCAUCCUUGGCUACACAGAGGAUGAAGUUGUGUCUCAGGAUUUCUUGGGAGACUCUCGCAGUAGUAUCUUUGAUGCAAAAGCUGGAAUUCCACUGACUAAUCGCUUUGUCAAGCUUAUCUCAUGGUAUGACAAUGAAUAUGGUUACAGUCAGCGUGUGGUGGAUCUCAUCAUUUACAUGGCCAAGGUUGAUUCUUCUUAAAUUAACAGCCAUUCUGUGGUACCUCCUUUUUCAAAAGUGAAAUGAAGACAUUGGAAUUUUUUUUUAAGUACCUAGUUUGCAUAGCUUGUGUUGUCUCCCAUGCCCGGCUUAGCUAUACUCAAAUGAUGGUGUGGCAAAGAUUGGUAACAACAACUUGAAGUGUCAGAUUUCACACAAGGACAUACUUAAUUCUCAUUGUUGUGUACUGUGUCCAGUCUAGAAUCAAUUUGGAUUUUCCCCCUUCUCUAAACAAUUUCAAGGAUAUAAAUCAUUGAAAUAAAAAUUUAAGAUGGA